AUGAAAAAACGGGUGAUUGACUUGGCGGGAUGCAUUGGAAAGACUGUGAAGGUUGAGCUUAAUGGGCAACGUAUUCCAGUAAAGUCUUUUCUUGACUAUGUUAAUCUCUACCUUCAAUCUGCCUCCAAAGCCAGACCAGAUGCCCUCCCAAGGAUUGCUGAAAAGUAUUUUUCUUUCUUAUUUCUUUCCAGCAAUUUGAGGUGGAAUAAGUUGCAAGAUGUCAUUCCUCCUGAAAUAGGUGAACUAAAGAGUCUAACCCAUCUAUACUUGAGUUUCAAUAAUUUCAAAGGAGAAAUCCCCAAAGAAUUAGCUAAUCUUCCUCUGCUACGUUACCUCUAUCUACAUGAAAAUCGUUUUAUUGGGCGAAUUCCACCAGAAUUGGGCACUCUGCAACAACUCCGACAUUUGGAUGUUGGUAACAAUCAUUUGGUGGGAACUAUUAGGGAACUAAUACGUAUUGAGGGAUGCUUUCCAUCUCUUCGCAACCUUUAUCUGAAUAAUAACUACCUCUCGGGUGGAAUCCCAGCUCAGCUAGCAAACUUGACUAAUUUGGAAAUCUUGCAUUUAUCAUACAACAAAAUGUCUGGUAUCAUACCAUCUGGACUUGCUCAUAUUCCCCGAUUGACUUCCUUGUACCUGGAUCAUAAUCAAUUUACUGGGAGAAUCCCCGAUGCGUUCUAUAAGCACACUUUCUUGAAAGAAAUGUAUAUUGAAGGAAAUGCUUUCCGACCAGGUGUAAACCCUAUUGGCAUCCACAAUGUCCUCGAAGUUUCUGACACGGAGUUUUUGUUUUAGUUAAAGCUUCCACAUAUUAUUUACCCGUAGAAUUGUUUCUUUUUGUUCUUGCUAAAACUAGGGUGUUUCAGUUUGAUACUCUCAAAUGAAGUUUUGUUCAUUGUAGUUUAGUUAGAUAAGAACUAAUCAUUUAUGAGUUCUGAACCUCCUAAAGGAGUUUCAAGUUACAAUUUAGCAUUUUUUGCACUUUUGAGUUGUCAAAUAUUAAAGACUUGGUGUUCAAGCUCUCACUCUCAUCUCCAAUACUAACAAACCCGAUAUUCUGUAGAA